CCGCCGUUCGGUGGCGGGAAAGUGGGGCCUGUACUGACGGAGGAGACAAUCUUAAGUGUCCUCGGUCGGCGGCUCGGGGCCUGAUAUUUUCAUCUUGGGGGACCGAGCUGAAACUUCGAGACCUCCUCGCCCUUCCCCUGUCCCGGAAACCCCAGGAACGAGCCGGCGGCGUCUUCGUUCCGGAGACGAGUGACUGAAAGGCCCAGGCAGUGCCCCGGGAACACGCACGGGGAGCCGGGGAGAACAGCCUUCUACUGCCUGGAAGAAUGUUCACCUGAAUGUUAGUCCUUAUCUUCUGGGGUGAAGUAACCAUGCAGGCAUUUCUAAAAGGCACAUCUAUCAGCACUAAACCACCAUUGACCAAGGAUCGAGGAGCAGCUGCCACUGCCAGAAGUAGUGGAGAGAACAAGAAAGCCAAACCUGUUCCAUGGGUGGAAAAAUAUCGCCCAAAAUGUGUGGAUGAAGUUGCUUUCCAGGAAGAAGUGGUUGCAGUGCUGAAAAAGUCUUUAGAAGGAGCUGAUCUCCCUAAUCUCUUGUUUUAUGGGCCACCUGGAACUGGAAAAACAUCCACUAUUUUGGCAGCAGCUAGAGAACUCUUUGGGCCUGAACUUUUUCGAUUGAGAGUUCUUGAGUUAAAUGCAUCUGAUGAACGUGGAAUACAAGUAGUUAGAGAGAAAGUGAAGAAUUUUGCCCAGUUAACUGUGUCAGGAAGUCGUUCAGAUGGGAAGCCAUGUCCUCCUUUUAAGAUUGUUAUUCUGGAUGAAGCAGAUUCUAUGACCUCUGCUGCUCAGGCAGCUUUAAGACGUACCAUGGAGAAAGAGUCUAAAACCACCCGAUUCUGUCUCAUCUGUAACUAUGUCAGUCGAAUAAUUGAACCGCUGACCUCUAGAUGUUCUAAAUUCCGCUUCAAACCUCUGUCAGAUAAAAUUCAACAGCAGCGACUACUAGACAUCGCUGAUAAAGAACAUGUCAAAAUUAGCAAUGAGGGAAUAGCUUAUCUUGUUAAAGUGUCAGAAGGAGACUUAAGAAAAGCUAUUACAUUUCUUCAGAGUGCUACUCGAUUAACCGGUGGAAAGGAAGUCACAGAAAAGGUGAUCACAGAUAUUGCUGGGGUAAUACCAGCAAAGACAAUUGAUGGAGUAUUUGCUGCGUGUCAGAGUGGCUCUUUUGACAAACUAGAAGCUGUAGUAAAGGACUUGAUAGAUGAGGGUCAUGCAGCAACUCAGCUUGUAAAUCAACUUCAUGAUGUGGUUGUAGAAAAUGAUCACCUUUCUGAUAAACAGAAGUCUAUUAUUACAGAGAAGCUUGCUGAAGUAGACAAAUGUUUAGCAGACGGUGCUGAUGAAUAUCUGCAACUGAUCAGCCUUUCUGCUACCGUGAUGCAGCAAUUAACUCAGAAUUGUUAAACCAUGUGUUUUGUAAAAUGAUUUUUAAUAAAAUGACCAAAGCACCUUUAAA